AUGGUCCGCUAUCCGUUGUUAUGCGAUAAUUCCGAGAAUUCCGGUCCGUUAUCCCUACAGAUCCGAUACUUAAGGUUCCCUGAUUACAUUAAACUAAUGACCAAAAUAGAUUAUAAGAAAUUAGAAACGGUUCAGAAAUGGUUCAAGUAUUAUAAACUUCUAUGGAAAUUAUCUGAGCUAAUUUCACAUAUAAGUUAUGGAUCCGUCCAACGCUGCUCUAAUGGUAUCAUUCCUUUGGAGACUGGUUCUAGUAUUGGUGUAUUUAACAGAGCUAUACACAAAAUUAAUCAUGAUAACGUCGUUCAAUAA